AUGACGGGUUUGUUCUAUUUAAGUGAAAAACAAGAGGAAAAUCAAGAACAAAGAGGAAGAGAACAGCAAUUGUUCUUGUCCAAGGGCUUGGAGAUAUGGCCACAACAAAAUCUAGAGAAUUACAUUUCAUUUGGAGUGGGUCCGAGUCGGAGGAACUUCAUGAUCAACGCCUCCGAUCGUCACGAUCAGUUUGUCCCGAGAUUAGGGUUUUCGAUCAAUUGUCAAGAUUGUGGGAAUCAAGCUAAGAAAGAUUGUUCCCAUUUGAGAUGUAGAACUUGUUGUAAGAGCCGAGGGUUUCAUUGCCAAACUCAUGUCAAAAGUACUUGGGUUCCGGCUACCAAGCGCCGGGAACGGCAGCUACAACGUCACCAAAUUGUUCGGCAACAAUCCCGACUAGAUCGACCCGAUCAGACCGCUCCAGUCGACACUCCAGGGUUAGAAGUUGCGAAUUUUCCAGCUGAAUUCAACUCCUCAGCCGUUUUUCGGUGCGUGAAAGUCAGUGCCAUCGACGAUGUCGAAGAACAAUUCGCAUAUCAAACAUCAGUGAACAUUGGUGGGCGUAUGUUCAAAGGGAUUCUUUACGACCAAGGUCCCGAAAGCACUCCAAAUUUGAGCACGGGCGGCGAGAGCUCGUAUUGCUACGGCGGAGAAGACGAUAGUCAAGCGCUCGAGCUGGUGAUCGGAGCGUCGAACGGCGAGUGGAGGAGUAACAAAUCAACCCCAUUUAUGGAGUCUUCUCUAUAUCCCAUCUCAAUCAACACAUUCAACUCGGGUACGCAAAAUUUCCCUUCCUCUAGAACUUAA